GCAGUCUAGGCGGUGAUGGCGGCGGCAGUGGUGACGGCGGGAGCGGCGGCCCUGGUGCCCAUUCCCAGCAUGGAUGGCGCCUCCUCUGUGCACUGGUUCCGCAAGGGGCUGCGACUCCACGACAACCCGGCGCUGCUGGCGGCUGUGCGCGGGGCGCGCUGCGUACGCUGCGUUUACAUCCUCGACCCUUGGUUCGCGGCCUCCUCCUCGGUCGGGAUCAACCGAUGGAGGUUUCUACUUCAGUCUCUGGAAGAUUUGGACACAAGUUUAAGGAAACUAAACUCCCGCCUGUUUGUAGUCCGGGGCCAGCCAGCUGACGUGUUCCCAAGGCUGUUCAAGGAAUGGGGCGUGACCCGCCUGACCUUUGAAUAUGACUCUGAACCCUUUGGGAAAGAACGGGAUGCCGCCAUCAUGAAGAUGGCCAAGGAGGCUGGUGUGGAGGUGGUGACUGAGAACUCUCAUACCCUCUAUGACCUGGACAGGAUCAUUGAGCUGAAUGGGCAAAAGCCACCCCUUACCUACAAGCGCUUUCAGGCCAUCAUCAGCCGCAUGGAGCUCCCCAAGAAGCCAGUGGGCUCGGUGACCAGCCAGCAGAUGGAGAGCUGCAGGGCCGAGAUCCAGGAGAACCACGACGAAACCUAUGGUGUGCCGUCCCUGGAGGAGCUAGGGUUCCCCACCGAAGGACUUGGCCCAGCUGUCUGGCAAGGAGGAGAGACAGAAGCUCUGGCCCGCCUGGAUAAGCAUUUGGAACGGAAGGCUUGGGUUGCCAACUAUGAGAGACCCCGAAUGAAUGCCAACUCCCUCCUGGCCAGCCCCACGGGCCUCAGCCCCUACCUGCGCUUCGGUUGCCUCUCCUGCCGCCUGUUUUACUACCGCCUGUGGGAGCUGUAUAAGAAGGUGAAGCGGAACAGCACACCCCCUCUCUCCCUAUUUGGGCAACUCCUGUGGCGAGAGUUCUUCUACACGGCAGCCACCAACAACCCCAGGUUUGACCGCAUGGAGGGGAACCCCAUCUGCAUCCAGAUCCCCUGGGACCGCAACCCAGAGGCCCUGGCCAAGUGGGCCGAGGGCAAAACAGGCUUUCCUUGGAUCGACGCCAUCAUGACCCAACUGAGGCAGGAGGGCUGGAUCCACCAUCUGGCCCGGCACGCCGUGGCCUGCUUCCUUACCCGUGGGGACCUCUGGGUCAGCUGGGAGAGCGGGGUCCGGGUAUUUGACGAGCUGCUUCUGGAUGCAGACUUCAGCGUGAACGCGGGCAGCUGGAUGUGGCUGUCCUGCAGUGCUUUCUUCCAGCAGUUCUUCCACUGCUACUGCCCUGUGGGCUUUGGCCGUCGCACGGACCCCAGCGGAGACUACAUCAGGCGAUACCUGCCCAAACUGAAAGGGUUCCCCUCUCGCUACAUCUACGAGCCCUGGAAUGCCCCCGAGUCAAUUCAGAAGGCAGCCAAGUGCAUCAUUGGUGUGGACUACCCACGGCCCAUCGUCAACCAUGCUGAGACCAGCCGGCUCAACAUUGAGCGAAUGAAGCAGAUCUACCAGCAGCUGUCCCGCUACCGGGGACUCUGUCUCCUGGCAUCUGUCCCUUCCUGUGUGGAAGACCUCAGCAGCCCUGUGGCUGAGCCCAGCUCAAGCCAGGCUGGGAGCUCGAACAGUGCAGGCCCAAGACCACUACCCAGUGGCCCAACAUCCCCCAAACGCAAGCUGGAAGCAGCUGAGGAGCCACCUGGUGAAGAACUCAGCAAACGGGCCAGGGUGGCCAAGUUGCCCGGCCCAGAGCUGCCGAGCAAGGAUGUCUGAGACUGCAGAGCCGCUGCUCCGUGAGCCAAGCCUGGGUGCCAGGGCAGCCACCGUGGCAGCAGAGCGCAACCUGCGGGCAAGCCGGCGCUGACAGAGCUCGCAAAGACGUGUGUGCGUGUGUUGUGUGCGCCUGUGCAGGGGGAGUGGUGUGCUGUUUGUGUGUGCAUGUGUCUGUUUACACUCUGUGACUCUGAAUGCUGCCUGGGCUGGAGCAGUCCCUGCAGCACGCUUCACCUCGAGUGCUGUGCCUGCCUCCAGACACAAGGCUAGAUGUCACAGCUGAGACCUGUCCCUACCAGCCAACAGCCUGGUCUGAGUGGAACAUAGUGGUAGGAUCUUAGCUGGGAUUCUGGCUUCUGCCUCCUCAGUUCACCCUCCUCACAUCAGGCCAAGGAGCAGAAAGGCAACAUCUUUGGCUCUUGUCAAGAGUAUGGGAUUCUAGAGGCAGCCAGAGCCCUGCAAAGUUCUGCAUUUUGACCCUGGAGGCUGAGCAGACUGGAGUGGAUGGAUGCCGUCUAGACCUAGCCACCUGGUCUGGCACCUUUCUCAUCUUAAAAGCCCCUGCUCUGGUCCUCCAGACCCUUCCUCGGGUACGUGGGACUGAGCACAAGGCUGUGUACAGAUGAUAGCUCUGAAAAGUUCCCACCAACCAGCACAUGGAAGGAUACCCAAUACUUGCCUGGUGGGAUGUACGCAGACUGUAGGUAGCAGCCUCAGCCAGCACAGCUGCCUUUUCAGAGCUGAAAGCCCAAGGCUAGGAAGAGAAUUCCAGCUCUGUACUUCCCCAGAAGCUAAGAGCCAGCCUGGAGCUUAUCCAGGAGCUGGGGAGGGCAGGGGCAGACAUGCCUUCUCCAUGAGGAGGCCAGGUUCCUGGGGGCAUAGAGCCCCAGCCCCUGUGGCCCCACUCCAAGACCACAGUGCCACCAGUGAGGACAGCUGACCCCCAGCCAUGGAGGCCGUUCUAGUCUUUCUUCUGGAGCCUUCCAGGGCCUACCCCGCACUGGAUAUCAUCCAAGCUGCCAUGUCAGCUGUCCCAGUAGCUGGACUCCAAGAACCCAGGCAGAUGGACUCAGGGGACUGCCAGAGGCAGUUGGCAGAGGUCAAACUAGAGAUCAUACCCAACACACCAACCCUUCCAGAAGCAUCAGGUGGGAGGUUUGACCCAGAGGAGUCAAGCCUCGCAUUACGGGAAUGGCCAGUGCCGCCCACCACUCCCCUCCCACUGUCGAAGGCCUCUGUUGAGAAACACUUAAUGAAAAGGACUGUGUUGUCAGCUGGAGCAAGUCUUCCUUCCACGCUGUGGCCUGCACUUGGGCCACAAAGUUCGUGUGUGUGUCUGUGUGUGCCUUUGUGUGUGCAUGCGUGCGUACAUACACGUGCUUGUGUAGCUGAGAGGCCGAUUCCUCUUUGGGUUUUUGUCCUCACGUGUAACAUUAAGCUGGCUUCUUGGCCUUCUCCUCUCUACCUCCCCUGUGACCUUUCGUAGUCUCAUAGCUGUUAAUGCCCUUGGCCCCUGCCCUGUCCCUCGAUGUCUUCUGUCCCCAGACCAGAGCCCUGGGGUCAUGCCCCUGUCUCCUGCAGUUGUCCAGCAUGUUGACAGGCUUCUUCCUGAGAGGUCCUCAGUUUUCUCAGCCAGAGAGCUGCCUUUAGAGUCCAACUGUUGUAUGUCACCUUUACUAGAAAUAUCCUGUAAUCAUGUGGGGAGGGUAGGGCACACAUCUGGUGUGUAUUCAGAGUACUGGGUUGAGGGCUUCCCUCAGUCCCAGCCAGGAGGAAAGAGAAUCGGGGCUAUUGCCUGAAGGGGAGUGGAGUGAGCCUGGAAGGGCUAAUCUGAGACAUGGAGGAUGCCCAAGGGCUUAGGGCCAAAAUCAGUAUUUAUUUAGCAGCACCUUCAAACAUCAGGAUGGUUUGAUGGUACUGAUGACUUAAUGGUGGCUCUCUCCCCUAAGGCACAAGUCGGGCGGGACCACACCCCCUGCUUCUCCACCUUCCCUCGCAUGCUGGCCCACCCCCAGGACAACCUUGCAGUGGGGUGGGGCAGUCCACCCCUGGAGCUGGAGGGGCGGGGUGGAGAGGGUACAGCCAGUGGCCUGGAGCUCCACCGGGGCCUCACGCCUCCCCUCUUCUAGCUCGGGCAGCACUGGGGGUGCCACAGAGUGAUGCAAACCCUGAUCCAAGGGCCAGCAUGGGGAAGAGAUGGUCGCAGGCAAAAUGCACUUUAUACAGAGGUUUUCUACUGCUGGGAAGGUGUGUUUCUCCCGCAGUUUGUUUGUGAACAUGCACUCGUUUUAUAAACAUCUGAUCCUGUCAAAGCAAAGCUGUGCUGUUGUCAGUUUUGUGGGAGGUUUGGGGACUGGGGUUGGUAAGGCUGAGCCUAGCUGAGACCUUAGCCAGACCAUCUUGAUCCUGCUGGAGGCAGAGCCUCUCGCCCCUCCUUUGUCCCAGGUGAGCAGCCCAGCAGACCAAUGAUAGCUCCAGAGCAGGGUGCUCAGUGUUGGGGUCAUUUGGCCAUAAUGGUGCUGAGCAGUCCAGCGCAGGAUGGGGUUCCUGAGUACUGUCCUGUGGUGACCCUACCUGUCAGCCCCUUAUGCCCCCCCACCCAAGAUGGUGGCAGGCCCUCUUCAGGCCCUCAGUCCAUCCUUUACCUCAGUGCCACCACUUCAGCUGCAGCUGUGCAGUGAGCUGUGUGGGUAGAUGGUCAAGAACUAUCCAUAGCUAUGCCCAGAGUCUGGAUGCUGGCAUUCCCCCAUGCCAUGUGGCCAGAGAGUGGCCCCUUUCUGUGCAGUGUGCAUGGGCUUUCCUGCUGGGGACACUUGCCCUGGAUUGGACCACUGGGCUGGGGGCUUUGGUAGCCCCCAUACCAACUCCCUGUGGGAAGGGACUUCAGGAAGGCCCAGGGAUGUCACAGUCUGCCCUGCAGUGAGAAAGGGAGAAAAUGGAGCAACAUAACCCUGGGGCUUAUCUUAUUCUUGGCCUUGUUUUAAAGCUCUUGCUGUCUCCCCAUCAACACCUGGGCCUGUCCUUCCCUUCUCCUGGUUUCUGUCUAAUGUGGCUUUGGCUUGGCCCUGAGGCUAAGAUUCCUUUGUUCUUGGGUAGAAGGUUCUGGAAGAGAGUUAUCCUACACACACACACUCCUGACCUUCCCAUCCUCCGUAGCUGAGACAACCACAUACUUUAAGGAACAAUUAUUACCCAUGAUGGCAAGACUGCUUUCCUGGAAGGAAAAGCCAGGCAACACAGCAGCAGAUGUUUAACGUGAAGACCUAGGGAAAGGGGCCUGGGCCAAGAUAGUGGGAGAGGUAAAGUGGCCACCCGUCUGGGCCCCAGGGGCAAGGAGAAGAGAAGCAGCCAGGGCCUUUGGUUCUAGGUAUUGGAAUGUUGUUGUGGCUGUAGCUGAAAGGUUGUUUAUUGCAAGGUGAGUGCUUGCAGCUCCUUUCUGGGUGCUACAUUGGAAGAAAAGAGGCCAGCAUGACCAGUUGGCAGUCCAGAUUUGCAAAUAGGAUUCCUCAAGCUGUGAAACAGUUUGUCUGCCCCUUCUCCAAGGAGGGGAAGGACAGGACCUGUGUGGUUCUCUCAGUUGGCUAGAGAAGCCAGUGAGGUUUGGCCAGAAGCUCUAUGACCCACCAAAGCGAGGGCCGUGGUCUUGGCCUAAGUGUCAAACAGCCUCUGCUGUGAAAGAAGCAGGGAACGUAAGGCCUGCAGGUCGAGGCUUAGCCCUCUGAGGGGAGAGAAGAUCAGGAGGGAACCACAGCCCCAACCUGGCAGGGGCAGAGGUGCAGGAGGGAACAGAAACUUAACCAAAGGAAUCCCAGGAAGACAACAGGUGGGAGCAGAGGGAAAGGCCCAAAGUCUUAGAGUGAGAGAAGCCAGCUAUGGGGUAUUUGUGGGGGCAAAAGAGAGGUGCUUUGCAGGAAAUGCAAUUGAGGCAGUAAAUGGGAAGAGAGAGAAAGCUGGGCAAGUCCUGACAUAAGGUAGGGGAAGUUGAGGGACUGAGAAGCCAAGAGGAAGGACUCAAUUCACCUUUAGUAGCUGUUUGGGGCUGAAGAGAGCCUGGGGCCAGUCUUCAGGGAGGAGAGGGACAAGGUAAAGGGACAGGAAUGGGGAGAGGCCUGGAUCCUAGUGCAGGAGAGGGGUGUUGCCUGGAUUCGGGUGACAACACAUUCAUAUUACGUUGUAUUUUCAUAAACAUGAGAGUGGUAUUAAUGUCCCCAUUUCACAGAUGAGAAAACCAGACCUUAGGACUGUCAAGUCACGAAUGCAACGCCCCACCGCCUAUUCACUGGGAAUUCACGCCACGUCACUCCAAACCUUUCUGCUCUUCACCACCCUCUCUCCUUUCUCAGCGACCUUCCUUUCCUGCCUUCUUUGUCUGCUGCGGGGGAGCCAACCAGGGCCUUGGGGACUAAGGGGCCCGUCAUUAGUUACCUGAUGAUGCCUGGGCGUUAGACCCGCCCCCAGGGAGGCUUUGUGGUGGGGGACAGG